GCGAGGCAGCAGCUUCCGGAGCCAUUUUCUCUCCUGCAGCGAGCGGCGCGCACUCGCCUCCGAAAUCCGAGCCAUCUGCGCCCUCAGCACUAUAAUAUCACCCGGAACCUGCCCGCAGCGACACCUCAGAGUCUCAGCUUUCAUACAAGGCCAAGAUUUAUGGCAGAAAAGCAGCGCGUUGGUGUGAAAAACGCAGUUUAAAGUGAGCCGGAGAGAGACGCGCCGCACACACACACACACACACACAGAGAGAGAGAGAGAGAGCCGCGCUGGAGACGAUGAGAAGAGCCAUCUCCUCCUCGGCCCCGGAGAGUCUCAUCAUCACCGGGGUUGGUGGAUCUCCGCUGGAUGAGAAGGCGGUGCUGACGGCCCUGGGCUCGAACACACACACCGCCACCUACAUCCACAUCAUCACCCCGCCGCCGCGACUCACACACACUCUCUCACACACACACACUCUCUCACACACCGAGUCUCACACCGUCACCCCGCCGCCGCGCCUCACUCUCACACACACCGAGUCUCCGGCCGCCGGGCUCUACAGCACCCCCACCGGGAGCGGACACACUGCUGCACGGGGACGGCCUCCGGCGAAGAGACGCUUGGCUCUCGAUGACUCGGACCACUUGUACACGGCGGAAGUAGCAAAAACCCCCAAGACCCAAAAUGGAGGCCCGCUGGCUGUGCUAAAGGGCAACAAAACUCCAAAGUCUCCGUCAGAGAAGACGCGCUACGACACGUCUCUGGGUCUCCUGACGAAGAAGUUUGUGCAGUUGUUGGGCCAGUCGUCGGACGGCGUGGUGGAUCUGAACCAAGCCGCCGAGGCGCUCAACGUCCAGAAGCGACGUCUCUACGACAUCACCAACGUCCUGGAGGGGGUUCACCUCAUCAAGAAGAAAUCCAAGAACAACAUACAGUGGAUGGGCUGUAACCUUUCAGAGGUUGGUGGAGUACUGACCCAGAAACAGACUUUGAGCAGUGAAGUCGCUCAGCUGGUGCAGGAGGAGCGCAGACUCGAUGAGUUGAUCCAAAGGUGCACGCAAGAAGUCAAGCAGAUGACCGAGUCAGCGCAAAGUCAGAAGUUCGCUUAUGUAAUGUAUCAAGACCUCCGGCAAGACCGUAGUCUGAAAGAUCAGACCGUCAUUGUCGUCCGAGCACCAUCUGAGACCAAGUUAGAGGUGCCUGAUCCCCAAGAGGGCUUGCAGGUUCAUCUCACAAGUACAAAAGGACCAAUUGACGUCUUCUUGUGUCCUGAUGAAAAUACCCCCGACAGUCCGGUGAAGAAUGAGAAUUCAAGUUUGAAUGGAAACUCCUCUCCUUUUUUGAAAGUGUUAGAAGAUGGCAACUCCAGUUGUUCAGGCCCAGCGGUAACUGUCACCAACCUCUCCCCCAUUACAUCGCCCUACACCAGCCUGCUGCAACAAACCGAGGACCAGCACCCCUACUCUGAAUCGCCCUUCGUCAGCCUGGGCUCGCCACCACUCAUUGACGACUACCUCAUGAGCCUGGGUGAAGGUGAAGGUAUUUCUGACCUCUUUGAUGACCUUGAUCGCCUUCCCAAUCUGGAUGAUCUUCUAUGCAAUUGAAGAGGACCUCUUGGACUUCUGCUUGGAUUGACUUGGUCAGGUAACCACUGAUGAGAGGGUGCAAACCUCUCGGUGUCCUUGAUUCAGGAGACGAGAAAGAUGCAUUUUUUUACUUCCUGUGCAUCUUGUAUGAAGUGAUGCUUGAACAAUAGUUUACCCUCUUCCAGUCUAAAGGCUCUCGUGAGACACUGAUAAAGGCGCCAAGUGUUCCCCGAAUAAAUGUUUCCCAUCUAAUCAAGUAAGUUGUGAGGAAAUUUCCCUGCGAAUGGCCCCUGUCCUGUGCAAGAACCGUUACGUUUGAGAUUCAUGUUGAGGAUCUCUGCUUUAGCGAUUGUAACUAACGUAGGGUGGAUAUCAGCCGUGUUCCUGGGGGAAGCUGGUCCUUUAUAGCUGCCUCAGAGACUCCAUGUUGGAUUGAAAGGAAUGUCCAGAGGAUAGGCAACUUGGACUGUUCUCACAGUGGUGAUUGCACCUUUCAAGUGCUCAAGAAUUGAAGACUUGAAGGUUUCCAGUUUGUUUUUACAUGCGCUUGUGCAACCUGGAUGCCUCUCCUAACCAAGAUCUACCACUGUCCAACUUGCAAAUGCUUUUGAUUUGGGAUUUGGUGGGCAUUUCCACUGAUUUCCUUGUCUUUCCGUCAGCGUUUCGGGUCUCCUCUCAAAACUUUAUACCAAUAUCGUUGGCUUUGGAUCGUUCCUGGGUUGCAAUCCUCGGUCCUCAAUCUGCACACGUUAAAUUGGCCGUGUGCAGAUUCAGGAAUUAUCAUUGUUGACAUGCAUUUGAGCGUACCCAAAGGUGAACGUGAACUUCUGGGAAAGGCCCAGCUGAAUGGGUCUGUGGAAUAAAGCAAGUCCCGUGUAGAAUUACACGGCAACGCCCACAUCACGUGCUGCUGUUUAUAUUAUUCCCGUAGCCAUGGGCUACAAGCAGAUGGGAUUCAUAUGCUGCUCUUUAUUGCGUUCAGUGCUGCUGCAGGUUUCUUACACUCCUUUGUGUGAGAAAUCACUUCAUCGUUCGCAUCGAUGCUUUCAGACUGGAACGAUGAAGUACAGAGUUGUCCGAGUUAACGUCGUCUUUUAGCCUGGAUCCAAAGGUCUCAAGAGACCAAGGGACAAAUUGGCACCAUGUUUUAUUUCAUGGAAUAUUGACGGCACUGACAGGAUCUCCAACUGAUUUGAGUUCAGAUGGAUCUGAGGGAGCUUCCUGUCCCAGUGGUGGGUUUUAUUUCAGUUUUGGAAGUGCACUUUAGAACUCCCUGGCUUGGGAUGUAUGUUUACCAAGCUGUCAUCCUGUUUAGAAAUAAUUUUUAGCCAUUUUUAUGGAAUAAAUUGGUCACUUUUGGGAAUUCCUUUUUUUAAGGAACUGAUCAGUAUUCUCAUUGGAUAUCUUGAGCUUCAGAGUUUAAAACUGAAUGCAUGUUUUUACGCAAAGGCCUGGUGUCUUUGACUUGGAAGCCAUUUUUUAUGAACAUGUGGUACUGAAUGUUUAAAUUUUAAUGGAAUGGUUCAUAUUUAGACUCUUCCCCGCAUCACUAAUCAUCAGCCAAGAUGGAGCUGGUGUCUGUUCACUUUUUUGGUUUUGCUUCUCAUGUUUUAGCUCCUUAGUUAAUUGUUAACAUGUCAUGUGGUUUUUUUUUUUUUUUUUUGCCCCCCCCCUUCCCUUCUCCCCUCUCUAAUAAAAAUAUCUGCAUGACCUACAAAGGUCAAACAGCCUCCAAAAGAACCAGAUAGAAGACGUGUGCAUUGAAACGCACCUCUCCAAAUUUAUAACCAGACAGAGAACAUCCAGAUGUGCAAAUAAAUUGUUCUAACGUGAAAACGAAAAAAAAAAGGAAAAUGGUGUCUUUUUUAAGAGCCGAGUUGUGGAGUCGAGGUCACAUUGUGACUCGGAGCAUUGUUAAGUCUUUCUUUGGACAAACAAAAUACUGGAUUUGAUUUUGUUUUGCAUUCUAAAAAGCCCAAUAUCAUGAUGUUGGAUAAACUGGAUUGAUUUACCUGUAUAUUUUGUGAAAUGGUUCAGAAAUAAGUGUUUAAAAACUUUCUCGCCGAUAGCGUGUGUUCUGAAACUUGCCUUUGUGGUCGGGGGAAAUGUUUUAUUAUUUUAUAAAUGAUUCCUUGAAGGUAGGUGCUUGGAAACUCGGCCAGCUUCUCGCCAGUUGCACGCUGCAGACGUUAAUGUUGUCCAUCAUGUCUGUAUAUUUUAUGAGAAUAACCCCCCAAAUAUCUAUCACAAUCUAAAUAUAAUAAAAGAAUGAUUCAAUUAAAUUAAUGUUGCCCAGUCAGGCCAAGGAAAAUGUAAUUGGGCCAAAUUCAUUCUGGAACAAACUCUUUACAUCCAAACCUGUGGAUUUUUUUUUUUUUUAAUUUUUAUGAAUUUAUUUAUUGAUUUGUUUUUCUCCAAAAUUCUACUUCCUGUAACAUCACAGAAUCACGAUAUUUUUUUAUCAGUAGUUCUAGUUCAAGUGAUAUUGGCAGACUUCUUCAUUCAGAUCCGUCUCUGUAGACGAUUACGUUCUGUUUGUCAUCAGCUAUCAGGUCUUGGUAUAAAACGGGGACCUUUUGUUUAGUUUGGGGGGGGAGGCAUGGUGGUACAAGUGUCUCGUGUGUGUGUGUGUGUGUGUGUGUGUGUGUGUGUGUGCACGCAUAUGUGGGUUCGUGUGUUCCUUCCUUUGUGCAACGUAGCGGUUCAGGUUCAGUGCUAAUGACUGAAAGUCAUUGCUGUCGUAGUGCCUUCACCAGCUGUGCAGAGAUCCAGUGAAACAGACCUUUAGCUUUGGAGCUGGCCGUCCACCACGGGGUGAAUAUUCAGUCUUUAAAAUAUAAAAUGGCAGCAUUUUAUUUAACCCUUAAGUCCAUUGUAUUUGGCAAUGUUUUCCAGAGCACACAUCCAAUCAUGAGCGUUAUUUAUUAUCCAUUGACCACGCUUUUACCAUGCUUAAUGAUCUCCGAACAUUUUCACGGGUGGGUUGCAUGACUCAUGUUUACUAACUGACCAGUAAUUGGAUUCAUCAUUUUUUCUGGAGUUAAAGCAAAAACUGGUUCAGGACACCUGGUAAUUUUUUAUUUUUAUUUUUGCUGCUUUAUUUGUGCAGUCACGUUACAUUUUCACCUGAAGUUCUUUGACACUGUUUGCAAUAAAAAUAAAUUAAUUGGUGCGAUAAAACAUGAAGAAUUCAUCCCCAUGCACCGUGAUACUGUUUAAGGACUGAGAAAUUCUUCGAAUGCCCAGUGGACUGGACUGGACUCAGCAGAACUCUGUGAUGACUGAUUUCACUCAGCCACACUGUCAGGAUUCUUAAAAACCUGCAGGAGGAAUUCCUUUGGGAGUGCAUUCCAUUGCGUUUAGGACCGUCAAGAAAAAUGUCUCUUCUGGUUCACAGUCUGUAAUUCUCUGCUCAUGAAUACGUUUCAUCUUGAAGUCAAGAGCAUCUGAUGCUGCUGAAUAAUUUCUCCAAACAGGUGCGUGGGAUCUUUAUGAGCUUCCUCUCCUGGCGUAGAUGAUAACUCGGUUGUUUUAUGUACUCCGCUCCGGCUUGAGUUUGUAAUCUGGUCUUCACCCCUUCAACCUGGAUUUGAACAUCAACCACUGAAAGUGAGGUUCUCCACUGCAAUCAGGGGAACCGACUGAACUUCAGUUUCUCAAACCAUGUUCCAGCUCAUUUUCUCAUUAUCCGUUUGCUCAGUCAGGUGUGUGAGGAAAUCUGAAACGGAUUGAAGUUUGGUAAUGGAGAUGCCAACAGUUUUCUAAAUCUGCUGCUUGAAAUGAGAAUCAGACCGCAGGACUGGGAGACUCGACUGAGCCUUAGGAGAAUCCUCAGGAGUUUAGCUGAGCAGAAAUAUUGUCCCCCUUUUAAAAAAGAAAAAUCUUCAGACUUUACCAUGUUCAUGUCUCCAUGUGUUUCUGUCUCCUGUAAAUUAACAGCAAGAUGCUGCAUAUAAAAAUAAAAUAAACUUGACUAUUCGCCUUUCAGAGAAACAGGAAACUGUUACUGCCAUGAAGGAUCCAUGCGUUUCUUGAAAAACUAAUAAAAAUUAAGUUUUAAUUCUUCAGAAGAAUGAGAUUUUCAGUGUCUAAACUUGAAAAACAUUUGGCCAAAUGCACUUGAAGGAAAUCUGGUGGAGGGCCAAAGUAUUAUUCUCCCCAUUUUAUUUUUCAACCGAUUUUACAUCUUGAUGUGAUAAAAUAAUGAAAGCAUAAAGUCUACAAUUAGUGAUGGAGAACCUCUCCAAUAUUUAUUUACCAUAAAUUAAUCACCUAAUAUUAAUAUUUAAUAAAUCCUUUUUGAAUUUUGUCUUUUUGCGACUUGUUUCCCUUUCUCUAUAUUUGUGUCCUGUGUUUUCUUUAAUUGCACAUUUUAUUUUUGACUCUCUUGAUAAUUUCCCUGGAUGAAAACUGUGUGAGAAAUAAGAACAGCUUCCUGUUUAUGAUGAACUGUUUUGGGUGGUGGAUUUUGUGUUCUUUUUAAGCAUGAAAGUGGCUGUGUUUUUCUGUAAAAUAAGGUUUUAAACUUCUGUCUCUUGUUAAUGAGCUUUCACAACAUGAUGUCGUCAUCAGCCUUGACCUUAAAAAAAAAAAAAAAAAGUAAACGUCUGAAGUCGAGCCUCUGGUGGGGGAAGAAACAUUUGAGUGGAUUUUGUCCUGUUUUGAAAAUUCUGCAGAUUCUGAAUAAAAGCAAUAAGACA